UUUAUUCCAACAGCGGUUUAUUGUGAGCUAUAGCGGCACACUGCGCACACGUCGCACAAGAAUCAAAUAAACAUAUACUUCACCAGUUAGUGUUUAGUGAUUUUUGUCAUUUAAUAGUGAUUACAACCAAUUACAUAACCAUGGCAUUAUUAAAAGUGAUAACCGUUUUGGCAACAAUUACAAUCGCAGCAACUGAAACAAUCGACAGUUACCGACAAAUACCAUCGAAAUUCCUCGAAGUACCCGAUUACGCAACACAAAAUGGCGGCGACGCUCCACAGCUCUCCCUAACCUUACAAAUCCGAGAAGAAGACCCCAUCCCAUUCGAUACUUACAUUGUUCCUAGUACAGACCUACGUGCUCCUGAAGAUUACUCCUUCCAAGGACAAGAUGCUUACUACCCUGCGCCAUCACAAGAUCUCCAGGUCCCCAGCGCGCAAGCAUGGAAUCCCGAAAAUGAUCCCGCUUUACUCUAUGAGUUACCCAUUGAAAUCACCAAGGAGAUUCUUCCCACUAACCAGCAUCCUAAGAAGUACGACAAGGCUGUCUUCGAUAAAGUAAAGCCUGUGUCACACAAACCCAAAGAAGAAGUGGUCCUGGUCCCCAUUAAAGUACAGGAUUACAUUAACAAACAGAAACAGCAGGAUAAGGCGAUUCUGAACUUCGCCAAACUGGAGAAUCAGAAGUUGAUCAAGGCCGAGAAGGUAAAACAAAAUCAUAAACCAUUGGUAAGGGAACCGGUACCCGCCGCAAGCGGAUUUCAUUCCGGUAAUCUUCAUCAUCCUGCUAGUCAUUCUGGUGGUGAUCGGGUCGAGUUUCAAAUGCAUGGGUAUGAUGGCCCCAAGAGUUACAAGUGGGGUUAUGAUACCGGCAAAGGGCACAACAGGCAGUUUAGAUUCGAAGAGAGCAACAAAGACGGUUAUGUAAAAGGACAUUAUGGAUAUUACGAUAAGCAUGGCAAACUGCGAAUGGUCCAUUACGAUUCGCAUCCGCAUGAUGGCUUCCACGCCGACGGCAAUUUUGGACAAUAGAACAAUCAUCAUUACCACGCGCGCAAAAAUGGAAGAAGAAGCAAUUGAAGAACAAAAAAUGUGAUCUAGCUCUCUAAUGUCAUUUGCUUGACUAUUUUAAUGUUUUUUAAUAAGUAAUCGACGUUUGCCAGCAUGCCAACGUGUCUUGUUUUGUUUUAAUGCUAAUUUUAGUUGUAGUUUUUAAUGUUUUACAAAUAUUAUAUUAAUAUUCUGAGUAAUUUAAAGUAUACCAAAAGGAUUUAAUAAAAAUAAAAGUUAAAAUGAU